ACCGUAACGCAGCACAGUCUGUGACCUAGAUAUCAUAAUUAUAUUGUCUCGGAGUGUCCUUCCACCAAGCCGGUCGGUUUGCUCACGCCACUUCCGAGUGGGCGCAACGGCCGUUUCCUCAGAAUGUCUGGCGAUGACCCAGAAACAAGCUUCCAUUUCCAGGCUGUGCAGCAGCCUAGAUGGACGAGGGCGGAGUCGCUUGGCGAUGCCGCAAACCUUGUGCUGGAGGGCAAGGCCUACAAAGGAACUCGCACAGGUCUUGUUGUCGAGCGUCUAGUGGGCCUCUACCAGGACAGGUGCACGACUUACCAUGACCCUGUCAGCAAGGCAGAUGCUCGAACCUGGCUCCUGGAUAGGAACUGCGUUGUCAAGCCCCCAACUGCCGGCGAACUCGCGCCCAAACAGCGGGGCGUGCGCCCCAAGGGCAAGUGGGCCAUCACCGCGGCGGUGCAGGGCGUGGACACCUACAUCGACCUGUACGAGUUCACCAUCGACUGGCCCGCCAGCUGGGCCGCCAGCGGCUACACCACGCUGGACCUGGGCUUCUCGGAGCGCGAGGAGGCGGUGCGCUGGCACGACGCCGUGACGGGCGUGCUGGCGGCGCUGGCGGCUAAGAAGGGCAAGGCGCCGGGAGCCAGCGGCCGCAAGGCCAGUGCCGGCGUCACCGACCUAGGCACCACCUCCACCCCGCCCGGCGGCCUGGCCGCGGGGGCCGGCAGCGGCCCCGGCCUGGCCUCCACCUCCAUGCCGGUCACCGCCGGCGGCCGCUCCAACUCCAUGGCAGCGCCGUUCGCGAACACGGCCGCGGCCGCUGCCGCCGCUGGCUCGGCCUCGACGCGCGGGCCGCCUGACGCCAAGUCUCCCGCCUCCGCCACUCUGGCCGCAGCCGCUGAUGACGACGACGAUGACGACAUUGACGCCUGGGCCGAGCCGGGCGACAGCGAGGACGGCGAGUACAGCGAGGACGAGGAGGGCGGCGCGGACGGCGCGGCGGACGGCGUGCGCUGGGUGCCGUACAGGCAGACCAACGGCGUGGCCAUCUACCGGCACAGCGGCGGAGACGACCCCCAGGAUGCAGGCGGCGAGUACAUGGUGUCGUGCGUGAUCCGCGGCCGGCCGCAGCGUGUGGCCGACGCGCUGCUGCGGCUGCGAGCCAACACCACCAUCCUGGGGCCGGCGGAGGCGGCGGAGGUGCUGCAGCCGGCGGACAAGGAGACGGGCAUGGGUCGCGAGGUGGUGCGCCUGGUCCUGACGGCCACGGGCUCGGCGGGCUUCUUCUGCGCGCCGCGUGAGGUCAUCCUGGAGAGCAUGCGCAAGGAGGAGGAGGACGGCGUGAUUGUGGUGAUGUUCAAGUCAGUGGACCUGCCCCACGAGGCGUCCAGCCAGAGCGGCGGCAAGCAGCAGCAUCUGUACGGGCGGGGCCUGUACCGGCGGCCGGUGCGCGGCAGUGUGGCGGGCGGCUACACCAUUGCGGGGCUCAAGGGCAAGGGCACGCACUCGGAGGAGUCCCUGGUCACCUGCAUCAUCAAGAUCGACCUGGGCGGCGUGUGCGCGGACAAGUCGUGGGCCCGGCCGCUGGUUGCUCUGGCUGGCUGGACGGACGCAUUCCUGGAGCGCAUCCUCAUGUCCGUCACGCUGCUGCGAGACGAGGUGGAGCAGCGGCGCUUCACGGUGCAGCCGUUCAAAAUGGUGUCGUCGGCCAAGGCCAGGUUCAACGAGGACGGCGCUUUUGUGGGCAGCUUGCAGGCCGCGGCGCGUGCCCAGGCUGCGGGCCUGCUAACCUCCUACAUCUCUGUAACCGGCCCCGCGGGCGUGCCGCCCGCUGCCGGUCCCACCCCCAGCGCCUCCUCCACGACGGCUGCGGCGCUGCGUCCCGCCGCGCGCAUGCAGUCGCUGCGCGUCGGCAGCGAAACCACUGCCGCCACGGCCGCGGCCGCGGCCACCAUCGCGCGUGCUGCGACGAGGCGCAUCCAGAGCAUUACUGAGGGCGACGAGGCGGCGGGCGAAGGCGCCGCCGCGGGCGGGGACGGCCAGGCGCCGGGUGCCUUGUUCACUGUGCUGGACAUUGCGUGGAUCCAGUCCCUGGCCUCCAUGCCGCGGAAGCACUGGAGCGAGAUCCACAUCCGCGGCACAGAUGCGCCGUUCGUGGUGCGCGGCCCCACCUACCUCAAGGACCGCAAGAAGGUGCCGGCCGGGCCGCCCGCGUUCCGCCUGGGCGCCAUGGAGAUGGUCAAGCUGCCCGCGCCCGGCACCGCCGUGGGCGGAGCCAAGGAGGGCACCCCAGGUGUGGUGCAGCACGUGGCGCGCUUCAUCAAGUCCAUCCGCGAGGGCGGCGCGCCCUUCUCCGUCAUCAUCAACCUGGUGCUGCCCGGCUCACCCCUGCUGGGCCUGGUGACGGUGUUCUGCUGCGACAAGCACCCGUCCAUCCUGGGCAGCCCGCCCCAGAACCCCAUGGACGAGCCGCACGACUGGCAGCCCUUCGACUUCAUGCUGCACAAGUUCGUGUACGGCACAGAUGAGGAGCGCAACAAGACGCUCAAGCUCAUCCCGCACAUUGCCAGCGGCAGCUGGAUGAUCAAGCAAUCGGUGGGCACCACGCCCGUGAUCCUGGGCAAGGCGCUCAAGGUGUCGUACCACUGCACGCCCACCUACAUCGAGGUGGACAUCGACAUCUCCGCCAACAGCGUCGCCAACUACGUCACCGGCAUGGUGCGCGGAGCCACCAGCUCGCUCGUGGUGGACCUGGGCUUCGUGCUUGAGGGCCAGGCUCCGUGGGAGCUGCCCGAGUGCCUUCUGGGCUGCUUCCGUCUGGCCAACCUGGACUGCAACAAGGCCGCGGUGGACCUGGACUGGAGCACGGAGAUCCCGCUCACCGGCUGCCCCGAGGAGCUCAAGAAGUAGAAAGGGGUGCAGGGCAGAGGACACAGGAGGCAGCAGCGGCGGGAGCGGGUGCGAUUGCUGGGUCCAAGACUGUGCUGCUAUGGCGCUGCGAGAUUGGGGUGCGAAGCGUGGGGCAGGAGGACAGGAGGGCGUGGCAAGACGCUACUGAGGCUGGGGAGGUGAGGUGCAGCAUACGUAAGACAAAGCCGCAGCAGGCUCGGCGAUGUUGCUGCUUGCGGCUGACUUGCAGAGGAGGAGGGCGAUGUACGGUAUGGGGACAGGCCGGGAGGGGCCCACGGGUGGGGCCGUAAGGAGAGGCACCAUUAGGUACCGGUGGUUGAGCACAAUGGGAUGGGAUGGGAUGGGGUGGCAGUGCAAUGCAAGCAGUGAGCCCCCGUGCGUGUGUGAUGUGAUUUUGGCGUGAUUAAUGCGGAUUGAAAGCCUGUUCAGUGCAAAGGCAAUAAGAGGCUUGCCAUUGCCAGGACUGCGUGACUAGCACACGCUGGGCGGUAGGAGUGCCCGUGCAGACGGGCCUGGUGCUGCAGGGGGGCUGAAUGUGCGUGGCUGUGGGGACUGCCGAAUUGGUUCAUGCUGCAGGGAUUGGGCACUGUGCGCCUGCGUGCGCUGGUGGGUGAACUGACGGCAGGGCCCACGGCUGUAUGUGCGUUCACUUGGGUGUUGUACAUGCGAUGUGUCCGGUAGUAGGACGGCUUCCUAUGUUGUGGACUUGUGGUAAUCCCACGCACGCACUGAAUGGGUCGGGGACGUUGGUGCGCGUGGCGGGGCAGCGGUGGUGGUGUCGCCAAUGAUGGGGUACGGGGCGUGUCCGACACACGAACACUUUUGUGCACUGCGCCUCAGGGGCUUAUGUGUUGAGCUUAAACGUCACUGGCACGGCUCCGCCGGGCUUAGGCACACGCAACGCCACGGGCGCCGGCGGCCCAAGGGUCGAUUUUGAACGAUCACUUAAGCAGUUUGCCCUGGGGCUCGCGCCCAGCACUCA